AUGUCAAUCUUAUCCCCUGGGUUUGAAAGUCUUGAACUCCCGACAGGAGCUGCGGACGUGGACAGCGCGUGCCGGAUCGAGCUAACUGCCGAGGAGGCAGCCUGUGGAGGAAGUGGCGGCAAGGAUGCUAAUUGCGCAUACCUGCUUCAGUCCCUUCCUGGUAUGCCAGCCGCCGAAGAUCGGCCGCUGUUGGAUUGCCAGCGCCUUCCAAGGGCAUGCUGGGUAUCAGUGCGAGCUGCCAAUGAGGAAGGAUGGGCAGAAUGGUCACGGCCGAGCCUGGCGUUUUUCCAGGACCAGGUAUUUGGAGAAGGUGGCAACUCUGUCGAAGAGGCGAAACCUGGGGCCCGGCUGCUGUCCUGGGGCGCCAGCGAGGAUGGACGCCUUGGCAGAGGUCUUGAAGCAAUCAGCCGGGGUGUCUGUGCUGAGCCGGAAGUGGUUCCUGGCUUUGAUGCCUGCCGCCUGACCAGCUUGGCAUCAGGAGCCCACUCGGCGGCUGUGAGCUGUGCGGAUCUUCUGUACGUCUGGGGCACCUUCCUCGCGGAAGAAAGCCCGGAGGAGUGCUCUGCGGCUGGAGAAGAGGAGGUUGACAUGCUUGCCGAGCCAAUGGCGCAACCAACCCCGUUUGCCGUUCAUGAUGUCCGGUGCGGACGUUUCGUGACGACAGUUCUUACAGCAGAAGGCUCUCUGUAUGCUUGGGGUGCAAACGAAGGACAUGGAUGUGGUGUGCCGACGGAUGCCCCUGUCGUCAAGGCCUUGACGCCGCUGAAGGUGCCGGGCAAAGUUCCGGUGGUCCAGGUUGCGCUCGGUGAGUUCCACGGACUUGCGCUGACCGCAGAAGGACGCCUGUUGGGUUGGGGCGAAGCGCAAGGGCCCGAAGUUGGCUUCGCAAGUAUGGCAUUGGAGGACCCAAAGAUCCGCAGUCAUCUACCAAGCAGCAUCAGCUUGAAGCAGCCACAGCCUCGCCUUCUCGACAUGCCGCUGGUGAAAGCCAUUGCAGCGGGCGGUUACCAUAGUGCAGCCAUCACGGAAGACGGGAUGCUGUGGACAUGGGGAAGCAACAGCUACGGCCAGCUUGGUCUUGGUUGCUCACAAAAGGAACUGCUUGAGGCGAAUUCGCCGCGACCUGUGCAUUUCUUUGGACACGAAGGCCGCGCGUCGAAGGCCGCGAAGGUAUCGCUGGGAGGAAUCCAUUCCGCCGUUGUCGACGAAGAGGGCGCUCUCUUCACCUUCGGCGACAAUCGAAGAGGUCAGUGCGGGCAAGGCUCACUGACCAUUCUUGACCAGCCCACUGCGCUUCCUUUGCCGGGGCGCUGUGCCGGAGUUGGCUGCGGAGGUUUCUUUACGUUCUUCGAGGUGGAGUCUCAGAGUGGACCCUCGCUGAUGGUCAGCGGCUGGGGCAAGGAGGGCUGUCUUGGCUUUGGCAUGCCCUGCAAGCGGCUGCUGCAGCCCCGGGAAGUGAAGCCACCACAAGGCACCCGUUGGCUUUGCGUGCGUGCUGGCGUCGCUCACGUGACCGCGCUGGUGCAGUGA